AUGGCGACGGCCGCAAUCAUAAGCCCAACCGCACAAUACCCGCCCCCCCUUCAAACCCUCAGCUCUCGUUAUCCGCAUUCGACCAACGGCUCCGACAUGCCAGGCAUGAUAUCUCCAGCCGAGCCCCGACGCCAUUCCGACCCGGCAGAAGUCCCGCCUCACCGGCAAUCGCUUCCAUCCAUCUCCGAAGUCAUCUCUUCUACGACUGUGAACCACCCCGGUGGCUUUUCUCAGACCCCAGCUCCCGUACCACCACCUCUAUCGACAUUUCCUCCGUCUUUUGCUGCAUCGUCGCGCCCCUAUGCUGAACCCCAGCCUGCCCUGGACAAACCAUCUCCCCGCCCACCUCAUCAUCCUCCAUCUUCGUACUCCCGACCAGAACCGUUACCUCCCUUCGCCGCCGAGUCACCCCGGCUCGCUUCCUUUAAUACUCGCCCCGGCCCUGCCGCAUCGGGCUCUUUCGCUCCUCAUCCCAGCCCUCCCAUCAAGCAGGACCAGGGCCGCGCCGACUCUGACAAGAUCGUGCCUGAGCAACAUCCCAAUGGAUCUUAUUCGCACCCAAACCCUUUAACACCCUAUUCGACCGUCCAGUUAUCUGGGGGCCAACUUUCCCACUCUUCAACAUACCCAGUAUCCCCGAGACACAUUGUUCCUCCUCCUCCGCUGCCGUCCCCCUACGAUCCGCAUCGAGCGACCAGACUCGAAGAGGCUGACCACCCCCACGCCCGACCGAGAUACGAUAUGACACUGAAUCGGCACAUUGAGGCCUGGACAUAUCAGGAAUGCCUAAGCCGGAUUGCCUCUUCCUCAAGAACGAUUUUUAACUUCGCCGAAGGAUAUGGGAAAAUUGCGCAGGAACAGCACACUUCUCGGCCUAUCCCCGAGAGACUUCCCACAGAGAGGGAGGUGUCUGAGAUGCUCAGUAACUUGGACUAUAUCCGCAGGUCGUUGGAGAACGUACGGGACUUGGUACAGCAGAGUAAUAGGAGUGAGCCGCCCCGGGAAAGCAAGGGCAAAGCCCCCAUGGAAGAUGACGAUGCCCAGAUCGCGCCGCCCCUCCGGGAAGAUGUCACAGCUGCAAUAGGAUCGAUACUCCUGAAUGGAGAAGAGGCCCGGAUGGUGCCAGAACGCUCUGCAAUGCGUGCGGGCUUCAUUAUGCCAAACUAG